AUGUCAACAAAUUUAACUAAUAAUGAUAAUCAUCACUAAGAAUUGGUGUCAGAUCAAUAAUAAGAAAAUAUUCAUUAAGCCAGAUAAAUAUAAUUUUAAAAGGCUUUAGAGCAAAGUUUAAGAAGCUAUGUACAAUAUACUGAAUAGCAAAAUCAACUUAGAUUUGUUUAUUUCUUAAUAUUUGUGCUAGCUAUAUAUUAAGUAGUAGAAAUGAUUCUAUGUAUAAUCUCUCUUUGUUUAAUCUAGAGAAGCUAACCUUUAUUCUACAUUAGCGUAAUCUAAUUAUCAAUUAAUGUAAUUUCUUUAAUACCUUCUCUAUAUUAUUUAAAACUAUUUCAUUAAUAUGAGAUUGAAUAUUUAGAAGGAUUGCUAUGGUUUUAAUAUGAUAUAGAAUAAAGGCCUGAUUAUGAGAUAAAGUAGAUUUUACAAAAAUCUCAUUGCUUUUGUUUUUAUUUAAAGAUUCUAACUAUUUUCUUAUAACUUUGUUUAUUAGUAUUGAUAAUAGUUGGAUAAUCAAAAUACAAAAGUUCAAUUUAAGAAUAAUGUAUUAAAAUUAUAUAUGACAGCUUUAAUAAUUGGGUUGUCUUUGCAAUUUAUGAGCACAGCUAGAAUCUUGAUUAUAUUUUUUGGGAUAAUAUUGGCCAUAGUUACAAUAAUUUCAAAAAGAUUAUACAAUUAGAUCUACAUGUAAAUAGCUAAUCUUCAAGAAUUAGAGUAUGAAUAAUUUUCACCAUUAAACAAAUAUGAAAUUUAAAUAGUAGAAGAGAUUGUACUUUCUGAACUAUCUUAAAUCUAAUGUAACAUUUGUCUUCAUAAUUUUGAAAUCUAAUAGGAAUACUACAAAUUGAAAUGUCAUCAAUUGCAUAUAUUUCAUAAGUAGUGUUUAUUGGAAUGGGUAUUAGUAAAUUAAUCAUGUCCAACUUGUAGGUCUGCCAUUUGA